AACUUUCAUGAAUGAAUGAUUCUCAGUCUUUUAAAAAUUACUUUUCUGUUAAUAUAUCAUUUCACAGGUGUGUACGGAACUCAAGAUGAAUACAGAUUAUUAAACGACAAACUUUCCAACUACAGCAACAUCAUCAGACCUGUUGCUAAAUCAUCAGACCCCAUAGAUGUUUUAAUCGGAGCAGCCAUACAACAGAUCAUUGAUAUGGAUGAGAAAAAUCAAGUCAUCACUCUUAACCUAUGGAUGCGCAUGCAAUGGUCAGACAGUAAUCUGGUAUGGGAUCCUGCCGACUAUGGUAACACAUCUGUAUUGAUAGUACCUAUUGGAACUAUAUGGAGACCAGACAUUGUUUUAUUUUCCAAUGCCGACAGUGGCUUCAGCGGGAUGAUGCAAACCAGUGCCUCCAUUUCUCACGAUGGCAUCGUCCGUUGGAACGCCCCAGCCAUCUACCAAAGCACCUGCAAAAUAGACAUCACCUACUUCCCUUUCGAUGAGCAGCACUGCCGAUUAAAGUUUGGAUCCUGGGCUUAUCAUGGGUUUCAGAUUGAUCUUAAGAAUCGGUCCGACAGCGGCGACAUCUCUGCCUACAUCGACAACGGCGAGUGGACACUCGUCGGUAUGCCCGUCAAGAGGAACCUCUUCUACUACGGUUGCUGUCCAGAACCUUUCCCUGAUGUUCAGUUCACCGUCAUUAUUCGCAGAAGGGCCCUCUUCUAUUUCAUCAACCUUCUCGGACCUUGUGUUCUGAUCUCGUUGAUCACCGUGUUGGAUUUCUUCAUGCCUGCCGACGCGGGAGAAAAGGUCACCCUCGGGAUCACGAUUCUCCUGGCACUCACCGUCUUCUUGUUGCUAGUAGCUGAGACGAUGCCGCCCACGUCAGAGGUUGUUCCGUUGAUAGCUCAAUAUUACGCAUGUACCAUCGUGUUGGUAUCCCUAUCUACUGUGAUGACAGUGUACGUUCUGAGUCUCCAUUAUCGACUUCCGGGAACUCAUCGGGUGCCACGAGGUAUGAAGAAAUUUACCUUCAGUUUCUUAGCGCGCAUGAUGUGCAUGGGUAGCUUCAUUGUCAACAUGGGUGAUGACGACAACGAUGACGAGAUACGGCAGAACAAGCCACACGCUGGGGUCUAUGAGAAUACCUUUCUUACCAACCUGAAUGGGGUAGCCAUCAUGGAUGACUCGGAGAAGAAAUCGUCGGAGGAUUCUUCGGUAGUGUCCAAGAGGUUCGAAUCGAUGACCCAUGAUAUAAUGACCAAUCUGAAGUACAUAGUCAAGAAGAAGAAGGAAGAGGACGCCGAGGAAGAUAUCAUGACGGAGUGGAAGUAUGUCGCAGUAGUGUUUGAUCGUCUUUUUAUGUGGGUGUUUACGUGUGCCACCGUUAUCUGCACCGUUGCCAUCUUAUGUCAGCCAAAACCUUUUACAACACCCGACGAAAUCUAAAGAACAUUUACGGAGCUAUCUACUGCAUAAUGAUCUAGAAAGGCAGAAAUGACAGUGCUUACUGAGAUUAACAUAUUGAUGUAUGAUGUUGUAUUUUCUGAGAACGUCUUGUCAAUGUGGGUAUAGGGCUACUUACGCUCGUUCCCCCACUCUCGACACACGCAGGGAAAUCAUCCAGUAGGUUUAUAACAAAAUAUGCUAAAUCAUAAAUGGCGCAUGCGUUAGUGAUCCAAAUGGAUGUUUUUAUAAUUGAACAUGGUUGCAUAAGGCAACCAGUGGCGCAGCGACACAUAACAGUGACGGGUCCAGGGUUUUGAAAAAGAGUGCUUCUGUAUGGGGUGCAAAGAGCGAAUUUGAAAAUAGAGGGCGCAGAUGACUUUUUUUAAAAUAGAUUUAGCGUAUCUUACAGCCCUCCUGAUUCCGCCACUGCAGAGAUAAUGCACAUGUCAUUUGGCUCUCUGUGAACUAAUAUUGGCACGAUGCUUUGACUUUCGAUACUUUACUAUUCUCUUUCUGGAUGAACGCGAUACUCGUUUUCAUUUUUCUUUGUUCUACCACUUUCUUUUUUUUCUUUUUAAAAGUUAAUUUGUGAUGUUACUGUUUUUAUCUUGACCUGUGUUUGUUCUCCCUCUCUUUCUCUCUCUCUUUGUUAGCAAAAGCACAUACUGCUCUUCGUUAUAUUUGAUUUUUUUAAACCUACUCUACUUUUAAUUGCACGUGGUUAAAAUCACAGUUUAUUUCCAGAGGGGCUUACCAAUACAAGCUUUGCUAAUUUUCAAAAUUCAUUAAUUAUCAAAAUGUUUUUUGACAGUACGACUUAUUCAUUUACCGAUCACUUUUGUAUAUUAUUUGAAAGUAAAGUAUCUAUUGUGACGUUUAUUAUGCUUUGUAUAUUAUGCAUGUAUAUGUUUGUUGUUUUGUUUAUUAUAUAAAAAUGGCAAUAAAAUACACGUAGAUUGAUUAUAGAAUUGAAUUGACACUUGUAAAAUCAAUUAUGACAUUCAUUCAUUUAUUUAUUCAUUUUCGUUACGCCUGUAAUAGUCAGUUUAUUUGCUUCAUUAAAACGAUGACAAUUAGCGCAUGUGCUAGUGAUUGAAAUGAAUGUUUCGAUUGUCGGUUUACGUCAGUUGUUUACAAUGAUAAGCGAAAGCUCGACGCCCCGAGCCAAGAUUGACGCAGCUGUAUAAUUAAAGCUGUAUAAUUACUGCCUCUUUAUGUACUUUUUUUAGUACUUAUCAGCCCGUCAAAAUCAUUUGUAACAUUCCUUUGUAAUUAUAAGAAAAACUUGAAUAGUGUAUUUUGUUUUCCUUUCUUGUAAAAUGAAUUUUUCGGAGACAAGACCGCAGAUUAUCAACACAGUCACGCAUAAGUAAAUAUGCGUUUCCUGCGUAAUAGCAUUAGCUCUUAUUGGUCAAAGUGAAAAGAAUAUUCAUGCAUUGUUUUGUGAGUUUGAUCAGACUGGAAUGUUGUUUUUAAAUUCAACUCAUGUAUAUAAAUAUGCAAUGUUUGUAUUACUUACCAAUUUUAUUAUUUUUUGUUUACUAAAACAGAGAUUUGUCCAAUGCCAACAAGGUGUCUUAAAAUUACCUCAGAAUUAUAUUUUAGUUAUUUAUUUCUUACACGUACGAGAUGCGGAUUCUAAAAAAUUGUCAAGACCACAAUCAUUGGACGUGUAAGAAUUUUUUUAGUAGCUUAUAAUAUUUCAAACAUCUAUUAUGCUCAUACAUGUCCUAAGUACGCAAAUGUUUUGAAUGCAAAUUUUAAGACGCAUUUUUGUCCUUUUUUAUUUGUACUUAAAAAGAAAAUAAUUUUAGCAAAGUACGGCAAACCAUGAGGAAUAUUCAGAAUGAUAUAAAGAAAAAAAAAACAAGAAUUAAGUUUUUUUAUUGUAUUUCUCAAAAUAUUGGUGUAAGAUUUUUUUAUAUAGAAAUAUAAUUCUUCAUUGUGAAUUUAUUUACACUUUUAAAAUGUACGUGAAGCAAUGAUAUUAAUUAUGCAUCUCACUGAACUGCGAAUGUCAGUUCAGGAAAUCAAUUUUGGGAUCGUUUUAUUCUUAUUUAGAAACGUACCAUUAUGUUGACAGUGGUUUAAGUAACAGUAUAUUUUAAAUUUAUAUUUCAAUCUUUUUUAAUUGAAUGGCAUUUUUGCAAAAUACUUGCCUUAUUUUUCCGAAAGUCUUUUCACCUUUUUAUUUCGCCCCCAUUUUUUUAUUGGUUCUAUAUGAAAAAUGAAGGUUUAAUUUAGCUGUCCAAGUUCCGAUUUCAUUUUGAUUUAGUGUAUAAAACUAUUCUUACUAUAGAUUUAACUUAUACCUUCUGUGAUUGAAUCUAUUAAUUUGAACUUUUUAUCUAAAGAUAUGGGGAUCGGUUUCAUAAAAACCUCAGAUAUUUUAACAAGUUUGCAAUAACGGAUUAAAUCUACUAAAAUCCAUCAAUUUAAUUGGCUGAUAGUAAAUUUGUUAUAUGAAAUGUAGAUUAUUUUGUUAUUAUAACAAGUCUAUAUAUAAAACAGGACCAUGUUGGUUUGGUUUAUAUUAGAUUUAAAUACGAUGUAUUUGAUUUUUUUCUGGUAUAGUCUGCUAUCGACGAACCAUUAUCCCAUGACUUGAUUAAGAACGAAUAAUUCUGAAUUUCAUUUAAAUCUCAAUCAUAUAAUUUCCAUUCUCUUUUGCUUAUGUUCCGUUGAAUAAAAAUAUAUGAAUGCUUUAGAAAGUUGCAAUAAUUUGUAUAUAUUGAGAAAGAAAUCACGGAAAUGGUCCUUCUACUGUGGUAGUUUAUCUGUCAAAUGACGCAAUGUAAACAUUACUUGUUUGUAUAGUCUAUAUGAUUAAUUUUGGAGUUGCUUGUAUAUCGUCGCUCCAUGAGAAAAAUAAAUUUCUCCAAAACAAAACAAAAACCAAACGACCAUGAAGAUGGAAGAAUUGAAGUAUUAAUAUUCAUACCAUUAUGAUAUGUAAUACAAAGUGUCUAUUGUGCCGAAAAUAUUGUAGAAUAGAAUUACCAUGAACGCGUAUAUAUUUUUAUGUGACAUUAAUCGUCCAGAAUUGAGUGAAGAAUUAAAUGAGAAACAAUAAAAUAA